CGGUUCUCUCUCUUCACUGUGAAUUUAGGGUCCUAAACCCCAGAAAGCUUAAUCUUUUCUUUCAGAUUUCACAAAAUCAGCAAAAAUGGCACCGAAGAAGAAGACAUCAAUCAUGAAAUGGGUCAGGAAAUCGCAGCAAUCAGCAAAAAUUGCAGAACCUGUAACGGAAAACAAGACAUCAUCAAUCAUGUCAGACUUGUCUCUUCUCGCCGAUUCUGUUUCAGAACUGCAUCUAUCUUCGUCUCCGUCACAACUUGCAACGAAAGAAUCUGUACCUGACUGGUCUCUUCUCCCUGAAGAGCUACUGCACAUUAUCUCAGAGAAUCUAGAAGACUGUUUCGAUGUUAUUCAUGCUCGUUCUGUUUGCCGCCCAUGGCGUUCCAUCUUGCCCUUUCCUUCUUGGCUAUUACGCACACGUUACUCUCUUCCCUCGUUCGCAAGGUUACCUCGCAAAAGCAAAGGCUUUUGCACACUCGAGAAGUUCCCUAUGUUUCUCGUUAGAGUCCGAGCUCCUGCUUCUGCGUCGACUUAUGAGUAUUACUUAGGAGGAAUAGACCAAGAUAAGUCAGAGGAUCAUAUGGAGCUUCCAUCUCCUCCUAUUCAGUGCACAGUGAAAGUUAAGAUCGGAGAAUCUGAUCCUACCUUGAUGAACAUUCUCGACUGUCAGAUUUUCUCUCUUGGCUAUCAGUACAGAAUGGUCGGUUGGGAUCCUGAGUCAUUGUCAAGAAAAUUCAGAGCAGUGGCUUUUCUUCCACUUAACAGAGAAGGAGGAGGAGGAGGAUUUGUGGUGCUUCUCGGCUACUAUCGUGAUUUGUUUGUGUUAACAAGUGCUGAAAUGAGGUGGAUACGGCUUGAGAGAAUCUCAACAGCUGUUUGUAGUGAUAUAGUCACGUUUAGAGGCAGGUUUUAUGUAGACUUUCUUAACGGGGACACAUUUGUCUUCGAUCCUUAUUGUCUAGAAGCGACUCCACUGAUGCCCUCGGAGAUUUCGAACUGUGGUUCAGUCAAUUAUCUGGUUCCUUCUGGCAAUGAUGAACUUUACCUGGUUGAGGUAAUAAUCCCUCGUAACACUGAUGUAUUAGACUUUUCUCGGUUAACGUUAAGAGUGAGUAGGCUAGAUGAGGAGGCUGGUGAAUGGGUUGAGGUCACCGAUUUGGGAGACCGUGUUUUGUUUAUUGGACAGCCUGGAAACGUCUCAUGCUCGGCUAAGGAGCUUCCUGAUGGUUGUGGUCUGAGUGGGGAUUCAGUUUUGAUGACCUAUGAGCCAUGGAAAGUAACUCAUCCUUAUAGAUAUGGAGUACAAACAGGACGCGAGGAAGAUGAACUCAAUUGUUGGAGAUUUUCAACAGAGAAUCGUGUGACGAUCCUUGGUACAUCUCCUGUGGUGGCUCUCCAAGUUGAGCGCUAAGCCGUAAAGUCUUCGUUUGGAUUGUCUGAGACAUCUGUUGGUUUUGUUUUUUAAUCGUUCUUGACUUGUAGCUCAAGACAGAUACUACUGUUGUGUCUAUUUUUUUUUCACCUUGUUUUCAUGUAUUUUGAUGUUGGUGCAGAAGACACUGUUCCUCCUCCCUAAGUUCUGUUAAGUAAUGAAGAACUUUGUAAAGAAACAGAGAAUGGUCUGAAUACUUC